AAAUCUGUUCUAAUGGAAACCAAGGCGCAUCAUUUGUCUUCCAUCUACAGUACCAAAUCAAAGCAAUAGAGGCUCCACCAUGUACAGUACCGUCUUACUACAUUUUAUUUCAGCACAUAGGGGGUGUUGCCACAAAGUAGCCAUAUUGAAUGAAUUGAGCCGUUCCACUGUCAACCAUAGCUGUCAACCCCACUAGGUGCCGAUGAAGACAGCUCCUCCUAAAUUCUACUCCACACACUUAUGUUCCUCACGAUGGCCGCCACGGACAUAGACGUCUUCGCUAAUGAAGAGAAUCGUACCCUGGAGCUGGGUGGCCAUGUUGGGUUUGACAGUCUUCCAGACCAGUUGGUCAGUAAAUCAGUCACACAGGGAUUCUGCUUCAACAUCCUGUGUGUUGGUGAGACGGGGAUAGGUAAGUCGACGUUGAUGAACACGCUGUUCAACACACUGUUUGAGGCAGAGGAGGCCAGCCACUACCAGAACGGUGUGUACCUGCGGCCCAGGACCUACAACCUGAAGGAGAGCAACGUUCAGCUCAAACUGACCGUAGUCGACACCGUGGGGUUCGGAGACCAGGUCAACAAGGAGGAGAGCUUCAAACCCAUAGUGGACUACAUCGACACCCAGUUUGAGACCUACUUGCAGGAAGAGAUGAAGAUCAAACGUUCCCUGUUCAACUACCACGACACCAGGAUCCAUAUCUGUCUCUACUUCAUCGCCCCCACCGGACACUCCCUGAAAUCACUGGAUUUGGUCACCAUGAAGAAACUGGACAGCAAGGUGAACAUCAUCCCCAUCAUUGCGAAGGCAGACACGAUAUCUAAGAGCGAGCUGCACAAGUUCAAGAUCAAGAUCAUGUCAGAGCUGGUGAGCAACGGUGUUCAGAUCCACCAGUUCCCUACCGAGGACGAGGCUGUCACAGAGAUCAACUCCUCUAUGAAUGCCCAUCUGCCCUUUGCUGUGGUGGGGAGUGUUGAGGAGGUUAAAGUGGGUAAUAAGAUGGUGAAAGCCAGACUGUACCCCUGGGGAACCGUACAGGUGGAGAACGAGAGCCACUGUGACUUUGUGAAGCUGAGAGAGAUGUUGCUGAGAGUGAACAUGGAAGACCUGAGAGAGCAGACUCACGCCAGACACUACGAGCUCUACAGACGCUGCAAACUGGAGGAGAUGGGCUUCACAGAUACAGACCCAGACAACAAACCCUUUAGUCUGCAGGAGACGUAUGAGACCAAGAGGAAAGAGUUCCUUGGGGAUCUGCAGCAGAACGAGGACGAGAUGAGACAGAUGUUUGUCAACAAGGUGAAGGAGACCGAGGCGGAGCUGAAAGAAAAGGAGAGGGAGCUCCAUGAGAGGUUUGAGCAGCUGAAGAGGAUGCACCAGGAGGAGAAGCGGAAUCUGGAGGAGAAGAGGAGUGAUCUGGAGGAGGAGAUGAAUGCCUUCAACAGGAGGAAGGUGGCAGCUGAGACGCUGAUGGGUCAGUCUCUACAGGGAUCCUCACAACCAUUCAAAAAGGACAAGAAGAACUUCUUUAGUCUUCCGUCUGCCUGCUCCCUAACAUCAGGAAGGAAUUUAAAUUAGAAGACUGACUUUCUACCACGCCAAAAGGAUGGCUGUUCUGUUCUUCCCCUAUUGACAAUUAACAAUCUAUUGAGCUUACUUAUUUUUUACAGUGUGAUGCGAAGCUACAUUUUUGUAAAAUCCUUGGGUGUGUCCCAAAUGGCACCCUAUUCCCUAUGUGGUGCACUACUUUUGACCUAAGCCCCUGGUCAAAAGUAGUGCACUACACAUAGGGAAUAGGGUGCCAUUUGGGACACACACCUUGCUGUGCCGUGCUCUCCUUCCUGAACUCUUCAAGUGAUGUUUCUACCUAUACCUGGUCCUGGAGUCUUCCAUUUACAGUACAGUCCAAGCUCAGCAUAGUAUUACACACUUUCUCUAAUAAUUAGAAAGUAUAUAGGCUAUCUACAGGGCUAUAAAGUAGUGCACUAUAUAGGGAAUAGGGUGCCAUUGGGGAUGCAACUUUGGUUCAAUAAAAAGUUGAUGCGCUGUAGCUCUAAAGCUCUAUAGCAUGCUUCUCUGCAUGACAUUUUACAGAUGACUUUCUUCAAUAAGCAUAAGAUAACUAGCCGGGGUGCCGGUCUGUUUCUGUUCUAGAAAGCAGUUAGUAAGAGAGCAGUAGCAGACUGGCACUCCGGCUAUAAGAUAACAAUGUUCAGAUUAAAACCCCCCUAUAGCUUAUUUAUUAAUUUAAUUUAAUGAAUGUGCUUUCCUUGCUGCUGUCAGGGUUUACCUACCUGUUCUAUUUAUUGACUAGUGACUUGUCUUAUCCCACUGUGAAAAUGAAAUAGUUUUAUUAAGGGUGCUGCAACCUGCAAGAGGUUGUUAGGGUUGUCUAUUUAUAAAGGAAUAAUAACUUUAUUUAACAUACUGUGACUUUGUGGACCCCCCAUAUGAUCUAUGGUUUAGUCUACCUACUUAAAAUAAAAUAAUUAUGUGAUUUGUGCUGUGGUGGUUGGGAACAGUUGGGAUUGUAUCAUUUGAUGGCUAAUAAAAGACCACUACUAAUCA